UCGACUGGGUCUUGAAGUUUUACUUAAUGAAGCUUAAGGUACUGAUGUCUAUGCAUCUGCUUUGAGAUGAUAUGUAAUUUGAAAAAGUACAAUAAAAAUAUAAUUCUCUUUCGAUAGUUUAUCAAUAGGGUGCCGUGGCACUGCAACUCUGACCAGGAUAAAGCAAUUACUGAAUACUGACCAGUAAUGAAUAGUAUGUCAACAGCAUGUAUGAUAUUCAGUCAGGCUUAAAUGCUGUUUAAUGUUUAAUAAUACCAUGCUCAUAUCUGCAUAAUAUUUUAGCUGGUCGAUUCUUUGCUGUGUGAGUGUUUUGUUUUUUGUUUUUUUACUAAACUGUCAGGCAGAGGCUAACUUGUGUUUCACAUAUACUGUAACUCUCUACAGAUAACAUUUAUUUAAUAUGUCUGAUACACACAGUGCCCUCCACUAAUAUUGGCAACCUUGGUAAAUAUGAGCAAACAAGGCUGUGGAAAUUUGUCUAUAUUGUUCAACCUUUUUGAUCUUUUGUUAAAGACAAAUCACAAAAAUACUCUCGUCCCAUGAAUAUCAAACAAUUGCAAACACAACACUGGUUUAUCAAUAAAAUAUCUUACUUAUAUAUACUCACAUACAUAGGCUACAUACAUACAUACAAAUAGAUGGAGAGAUAUUUAUAUCUUUGUGACGUUACAGGAGUAGUAGCCUAUAGCUAUAAUCCAUUUUAUUACCAUGUGUUUACUUAAUGUACUAAUUACUUCUGAGCAAUAUUUGUAAUAAAAUGAGUUGGCCAAUAGCGUUCCACCAUGGCAUCCCAUAUUAUCAUAAGUGGGCGUGGUUUGCAAUGCCAUGCGCGUGAACCGGUGUUUCAGAAAGGGGCGUGCAUUAGAAGGCAGGCUUCAGAGUCUGCACCUACAUCACGCUCAUGAAAUAAGUGUGUGUGAGUGUGUGUGUGUGUGCGCGCGGGCGUGAGGCUGCAUGUGUACCCUUUCUACGCGUGUUGGACUUACUAGCUUACUUGUGAUUUUUGGCUGUUUUUUUGGGUUGUUUUUUAUUUUUUUUUGGAGUAACCAAACUGAAUUUCUGAACAGGUAUGCUAUAUAAGUCUUUGAAAUGCGACUCGUCCCACAUACCGGCUUUGUGGUGUAACAUCUGUUUGUGUUCCUUACACUUCUACUAGGUAGUCUACAUGCUAGCACAAUAUUUAAUCACAGUCACAUUCCAUUAGUUUGUUGUAGUUUGUUUAGAACUUGUUUUUGUUUGUUUGCUACACUGUAAUUCUUGUUUGUUGUUGCCGUUCAGUGUUUGAUGUCGGUAGCUUGUUUCACUGCAUUGACUCACGCUGCUGUAGCUGUUUCUCGGUAUAUAGGGUUUGACAACAAUUUAUUUGAGGGUUUUAGGUUUACAAAAUAAAGAACUGUUGAAGAUUUUUUUCUAGUGGAAUGUGAAAAAAAAGGUUUUUCAUUUUCAUUGACUCGCUUACAGAAAUGAAAUCUUCCAUAGUGUACCAGAGAAGAAGGAGUCUGUGUCCGGUAUUAUUCGAAUAGCUGGUUUAUUUACAUGUCUGGCUUUCACUGUGUCUUAAAUGUGUUUUCAUUUGACCCGUUAGCACCGUUUUUCUCUUCCAGUAUUGUGGUGAAUGCCUGAAACUUUUAUAGCCUACCUUUGUCGAGCAACGAAAAUUCCCCUCCCUCUCUCUCCUAGUGCAGCUGUAAUGAUUUCUCAUCUGCACGUCAGUAUCAUUUGUGCAAAAUGAAAACUAAUCUGUACACCUAAAUAUGCAGUGACAUAUUUUUUGGAAUGAAUGAAAUACAUGUCGCAUUACAUAAUCCAGUGACAGAAUGGCAGCUGCUUAAAACCAUCCAUAACCAGCCAGUCAGUCUGGAAGCUCCACAUCAAUGUCUCUCCAAUACAAGAUCUGCACAGACUUCGAUUUGUUCCAUUGCUAUGUAGGGAUAGCUAAGGCUUUUUUUUUUUUAAUAGGAAAUGAAAGCUAUUGUAUAAAUGUUACAUGACACUUAAUAUAAAAAUGCUUUAUGAUUUCAUUUCCCAUCUUUCUAUUGUGAACAAUCCCGGAUCUUCGGCGUGACGGCUGGAUCGACCCUGGAUGUGCUGGAUGCUCUACAAUUUGUGAAUUACCAUGACGACAGAGCCAAAUUCAGAGUUAGAAGGCAAGCCGGAGCAGCAGGGGGCAGGUGCGGCUCCGCCCCACACAGCCCCACCCUUCGACGACCAGCUUCCACCUGCAGCUGCCCAUAGCACACCAGUUAAAAAAGAGCAGAACGGCGCGAGAGAGGCAGGGGGUGUUGCACAGGGGAAAACCGAUCAGCAAUCGACUGAAGACGAGUCCACCCCCUACAAGUCCACUUCCAGCAAGCUCUCCAGGUCUCCCAUCAAGGUGACAAAGAAGCCCAAAAACAUGCAGUGCAAAGUCACACUUCUGGAUGGCUCGGACUACACCUGUGUGGUGGAAAAAAGAGACAAAGGCCAAGUGCUUUUUGACAAAGUCUGUGAGCAUCUUAACCUUUUGGAGAAGGACUACUUUGGUAUCACAUUCCGUGAUGUAGAAAAUCAAAAGAACUGGUUGGACCCAGCCAAAGACAUGAAGAAGCAAAUCAGGGGAGUUGCCUGGAAUUUUUCCUUCAAUGUGAAAUUUUAUCCUCCAGACCCUGCUCAGCUCUCUGAGGACAUCACAAGGUAUUACCUAUGUCUGCAGUUGAGAGAUGAUGUAGUGUCUGGCCGUCUUCCCUGCUCCUUUGCCACACACACAGUGCUCGGUUCAUAUACAGUCCAGUCAGAACUGGGAGAUUACGAUCCAGAUGAGUACAGCACCGAGUACGUCAGCGAUUUCCGCUUUGCUCCAAACCAAACCAAGGAACUCGAAGAGAAGGUCAUGGAGCUCCACAAGACCUACAAAGGGAUGAUGCCAGCUGAAGCUGAAAUGCACUUCCUAGAGAAUGUCAAAAAGCUGUCUAUGUAUGGAGUGGACCUCCAUCAUGCCAAGGAUUCAGAGGGGGUGGAGAUAAUGCUAGGAGUGUGUUCAUCUGGCCUCCUUAUCUACCGAGACCGACUGCGCAUCAACAGGUUUGCUUGGCCCAAAGUCCUCAAGAUCUCGUACAAGAGGAAUAACUUCUACAUCAAAAUCCGACCUGGAGAGUUUGAGCAGUUCGAAAGCACGAUUGGCUUUAAACUCCCCAACCAUAGAGCAGCUAAGAGACUCUGGAAGGUUUGCGUGGAGCACCACACCUUUUUCAGGUUGUUAUCUCCUGAAACCCCACCCAAGAAGUUCCUGACUCUUGGUUCCAAGUUCCGCUACAGUGGCCGAACCCAAGUCCAAACGAGACGGGCUAGUUCACAAAUAGUUCGCCCAGCUCCCUUCUUUGAGCGCUCCACCAGCAAACGCUACAUCAUGUCUCGCAGUCUAGAUGGAGCUCAGCGGAGCAUCCCCGAAAUCACAGCGACUGUAGUCCCAGGAUCUAAACCACUUAUCACUAUGAAUGGCACUAAACCAGCAGAGAUGGGCACAGCCUUGUACGGCGCUGCAAAGGGCAUCGCCAUGAGUGACCUCAUCACCACAAUUACACCAGAAAAGAAGGCCGAGGAGAAGAGAUCGGAGGAGGAGGAGGAAGUGGUGAUGGUAGAAAAUGUUUUUGUGGAGGAGGAGGACGAGACGACUAAGGCUACAGAACUGUCACAGCCAAGUCCACCAACUCCUGUCCGACAAGACACAAGGUCGGACCAGGAAGACGAGUCUGAAAUCAGGAACCAGGAGGUGGAUAAAACACCUGAUGAGCUGGUCAAACACCAGACCAAUAUUAGUGAGCUGAAGAGGACUUUCCUGGAGGGAGGCACUAAUAAAUCAGGUUUAACAGAGUGGGAGAAGCGUCUCUCCUCAUCCCCACUGCGUUCCCCCCGGCUGGACGAGGCUCCUAUGAUUGAACCCCUCGUGCCUGAAGAUACCAAAGAGGAUCCAGAAGCAGCGGCUGAGGAGGACGAGGUUGCUAGGGGUACAGACCAACAGUACAGCCUGGAGGACAUGAAAGAUGAUGUGCCUAAGCCUCAAAUCGAUGGGAUGUCUCCGGAGCUCACAGCUCUGUUAAAGUCUGCUCAUGAACAGAGCAGCACUUACACCUGGUCCUCCUCCUCAGCAACUACUGGGCAAACUCGGGCCAUAUUUAAGACAUCUACUGGUCCUGAGAGGACUUUUCAACAGCCAGCAGAUACACAGAAGCUUCCAGAAAAAGACCAGCCAAGAGAAGAGGAACAGGCAGUUGAUCUACAGCAGUAUACCGUAUCGGAAAAGUCACAGGUUUCGUCAGUGCUCCAGACAGAGGUCAUAACCUUUAGCAGUGCAUUGUCAGGUGAGACGGAGAGGCUGGCGGCAGAGGAAAUGCCAGUGAUCCACACGGAAAUGAAGACCAUAACAUAUGAGGCCCUGCAGGGUGAUAAGGACAGUGACACAGAUCCGGGGAUUCUGAUGAGUGCACAGACCAUCACCUCCGAAACCACCAGUACAACCACCACUACACAUAUCACUAAGACUGUAAAGGGAGGUGUUUCCGAAACCAGGAUUGAGAAACGUAUCGUCAUCUCAGGGGAUGCAGACAUUGACCACGAUGAGGCCCUGGCUCAGGCCAUUAAAGAAGCCAAAGAGCAGCACCCCGACAUGUCAGUGACCAAAGUAGUGGUCCACAAAGAGACUGAAAUCACACCAGAAGAUGGCGAGGAAUGAUGCAGGAUUAGUGUGUCUUCAUAUUUUCUGGAGCAGUCUCACCUACACCAUGUGGAAUAAAGAACAUUUUGGAGAUGCUGCCUAAGGAAACAGCAGCACGGAUACUUCAGUGGAUAUAACUUCAUCUGAGCACUGCUGGAGUCUCCCUUCUAACAAACACAUGCUCACUCUCUCCUGCUACACCUGCUUACAGAUCUCCUGGCUAGCCUGGUCCAGCACUGGUCAAUGACACUGCAUGACAAGGGAACAACACCUUUUCUGUAAAGAGAACAAACACUAUAUACAAUGUAGGAAAUGCUCAAUGACCACAGUGUAAAUUUCAGUCUCCCUUGCACACUCCCUCUGCAAGGGGAAAAGUAAGUAUGUGACAAGAAUUUUGAAAAUAGUACUGAUAUUAUGAUCUACAUUUUAUUUAUUAGAAUACUUCUCAAUACAAGAAAAUAUUGCUAAUAAUAAUUAUAAUAAUAGACUGCAUCUGUAUGAGCACUCAGUAUUUAACCAUGCAAUAGGUGUGUCAUUGAGGCCAGUCACCAUGUCCUGUUCCAGCCACCCCUACCCUGCCUUUGACGUGUUCCUGCUGAAUGUAUGUGUGGCUGAGAAAAUGAAUGACGUACACGUUGCUUUGUAGAUCAUGCAUAUUAGUAAGAAAAUUGUUUUUACAAGAUAUAUGUCAAUUUUUAUGUUUUUCCUUAAUUUUUCUCACUGCAAUGUCUACCUUUUUCAAAGAAUGAAUGCACUGUGACCAUAUUUGUCACUGACUCCAGGUCCUUGCUAAAAGUGAUGUCAUUGCAAGGCGACUUCUGCCCCAAUCUUGCAAUUUUAUGUCAUUUUCCCAAAAUAAAUCUCUAUGUCCUAAGUGGCAUAACUGAGCCUUAAAGUGUACAAACUGGACAGAGAAUCAGAAACACAUUACACAUUGUUUUUUUCUCUUUCUUUUUAUGGUCCCUCUUUUUCUUCUUUUUUUUCUCAUUAUUACUAUUAUUAUUAGAUUUGUUGUUGUUGUUGUUGUUGUUGUUGCUGUUGUUAGCCUGUGUGUUUUUAAACCAUCAUGAUGCCAUAUGCUGCACUCCAUGUUGAAUGUGUUUACCACAUAAGCUCAAUAAAAAAAAUAUUUAAAAAUGUA